AACUUUGAGUUAAAUUAAGUGAAGAUCUGUGAAGAUCAUUAAAAAAUGUAUAUAUAAUGCUUCAUGCUCACCAGAAUGUGAUACAGGUUGAAUACUGGUCUGUGUGCUCACUGCAUGGUAAUGUAGGUGGCUGCUGAAGCUGGGUGGUUUUGGGUUGACUUGUUUGACAUCUGAAUACCAACAACAUUGUUUGAAGGAGAGCUAUCAUCGUUGAGAGGCUGACAGACUGCUGUAUGGGUGGCAGUUACUGUUAAAAUGUAAUCAAAUUGUUUUUUUAAAUAGACCAACCAACAAAACUUGGAUAAACUGAACAUUCUCAGGUCCUGUGUACACUAGCCAUGUGUGCCUGCUGUCAAUGACAAUGGAGUUCAACUCCUCCCAGCAGAUAGUGUUUGUGCUGCAUGGACUGAACGUGACACAGACAAACAAACACAUCUACUUCUCAUUAACUCUCAUCCUAUACAUCUUCACCAUUUUUGUAAAUCUGAUACUGAUCGUUACCAUUUUUCUGGAGAAAAUGUUGCAUGAACCUAUGUAUUUAUUUCUCUGUAAUCUGUGUAUUAAUGGUAUCUAUGGGGCUUCAGCUUUCUACCCAAAGAUACUUUAUGACCUUUUAUUUGACUCUCAUGUGAUAACAUACCCUGGGUGCAUGACCCAGAUAUUGGUAAUCUACUCCUUUGCUUUCUGUGAAUUCACCAGCUUGACAGUGAUGGCAUAUGACAGGUAUGUUGCCAUCUGUAAACCGUUACAAUACCACUCUAUCAUGACUACUCGAAAAGUGUGGACACUGCUUCUUCUUACGUGGCUUUUCUCAUGGCUAGAAAGUAGCAUUGGGAUGGGACUAACAGCUAGGUUACCCCUCUGUGGCCUCGACAUCGAUAAACUCUACUGCUCAAACUGGGCGGUCGUGAAGCUCUCAUGCGUUGACACCACUCUGAACAACCUCUACGGCUUCAUUCUCACGUUUUCGCAUGUUUCUCAAACAAUACUCAUCCUGAUAUCCUACAUGAACAUCAUCAAAGCGUCCUUGCGUUCCCGUGUGCAGAGGAAGAAGUUCAUGCAGACCUGUCUGCCUCAUCUGAUCACCCUCACGAACUUCACCAUAUCCCUCACCUUCGAUGUGAUGUACGCUCGCUACGGCAGCAACACCAGCCUGCUGGCCCUGCGGAAUAUCAUGGCGGUGGAGUUCCUAGUUGUGCCUCCUCUGGUGAACCCUAUCAUAUACGGGAUGAAACUCACUCAGAUUCGGAAUAGAGUUGCACAGAUGUUCAACUGGAAAGUUGCUGCCCUAAUCUAAAUGUAUUGUGGUGAUGCGCUUGUGUGUAUCAACAUAUCUUUCUUGUUGAUCUAUAAAGCUAUAUUGACAAUUUUCAUUUGUAAUUUUUCAUGGACAUAAAGAAGGAAAAGGUGCAAAUCUCGCUCACAAUUAAAUUCUUUGCUUUAUUUGAUCUAAAUAUUAAAAUAAUGAUGUUCUAGCAGUCAAUGGCCUUCGUCAGAAUUAUUUUUCAUGGAUGUCGUGUGGAAUAACUUUGCCCCUCUUAUUUGUUGUCAAUGACUGAGAUUCAGGUGUUUGGCUUCAUGGAGCCAUCUUGUUACCUUGACCAAAAAACUCAAAUUAGCUGUAUGUAGCCAACUUUAUAUACAGUGCAUUUGGAAAGUAUUCAGA